AUGAUGUUGCCUGCAGGCAAAGAGGACCAUGUCCAUAAAGGUGCUAGACAACUGGCACACUUUGUUCCCCUUGGCCGAGCAAUUGCUUCAAAAGAGAAUCAAUUUAGUGGGCACAUUGAGAAGGAGCCGCAGUGGACUACAGAAAGAGCUUCAUGCUGUUCGACAUUGCACGACGAUACCAUCAUUCAUCAAAAGCCGGAAGUGAUUCGUUGUUGUAAUCAUGGGAAGGCCUUUGUUGACUUUUCGGAUCAAAUGGCUGCAUACUGCCCUCAAGCGCGAAGAAUCGUAUUUGAAAUUCUACACCAAUAG